AUGGUUAAUUUUGAUUAUCCACAAAAAGAUUGGUAUAAACAUGUCAAGCUCUGUGGAUGUACGGGAUGUAUCGCUGCCAGCAGGGAACAGAGCAGGAAACAGGAAUCUAGUACGGUAAAGACGAUGAAUCAUGGAUAUCUUGAUAGUGGGAUACUUAAAAAUGAUUCAACACCUGAGUUACCAUUGUCACCUCAGAAUUCGUCGCCCAGGAACUUUGUUCCAACAAUAUCUUUUGACACAGUUCCUAUUCAAGGAGUUUCCCCUGACGAUGAAGAUGCAGAGGAUUACUACGAUUACAGCCAUCCGUACAGUAAUCCAGAGGGCAGCUCUUCUCAGUUAAAUUAUACGCUGGAGGAAUACUACAACAACGAAGAUACAAGCUACUAUGCUGACUACCAAGGGAGCAGGGGAUAUUUAGGGAUAGAUGACUGGAAUAGUGGUGCAUCCACUGCUGCAUCCAAGUCUCCCAGCAAGUAUUCUGGCAGGGCCUUUUCGGCAGCUAAAUUUGAUGUGUUACCGGAUGGAAGACGUGUUAGAAUUGAUUAUCCUAGUAAGCCGACGAUAUUGAGUGAUUCUUUUGUGAUCAAUAAGACGCAUAAGGAUUGGAGGCAGAAAUGGAAGGAAAGAAAAGUUCAAAUAGAGAUGCGCAAGUUCCAUGAAGAUUCUCUUUGGUACCGUUAUCCAGACAUUUUAUUCCCGAAGACCAAUGUAGAUCUUUCUGACUUGCCGGUUAUCAACGAUGAGGGAGUAGCAUACAAUUCUAACGAGCGCGCUAACAUGAAGCGCAUUGCCAAGGUAGUGAGGACCCCUGUAGGGUUUCCUGUCUCUCCUAGAAUUAUUUUGUGUCAUAUAAGUGGGAGGAUGCAUACGUGGGUAGCAUUGGACUGGGCUUUAAAAAGUUUUAUUACUGAUUCUGAUCAUGUAGUUGUCGUGGCAAAUUUGCCUAAAAUGGCAUCUCGUUUUGGCCGCUCUAGUAGGUCCACAUCCAGGUCCAGGUCCAGGUCGAGAUCUAGAUCUGUGAGAAGAUCUUCAAGCACCAACCCGAACUCCUCAUUUGGUUCGCACAAUGUGGAAACAAUGGUUAAAUACAAAAACGAAGAAUGGUGUGAGGGGUAUACUGUCGGAGAUAUUGAACAAGUUUUAGCUAAUUUGAUCCAAUACAUCACGUUCAUCAUACCUCCCACGAGAGCUAUAAAAAUUACAGUGGAAAUAAUGAUUGGGACCACAAAGCAAGUGAUGAUUGAAGUGUUGAACUUACACUCUCCAGAUUUGCUUGUAGCGGCUACCACUCAGUAUAAAGAAAAUGAUAGUUUAAUCGAACAUGGUUCACAGAGGCUCACAUCCGUAUUGGCUACAUACUAUCCACUUCCUGUGUUCCUGAUUCCGGCCAAGCGUAUGUUUCUGUUCGGAAUGCAACUCGAAAAAGGUAUAAUCAAUAAGCAGAAAUUAUUGUAUGGUAUGCCAGACCGGCAAAAGAUCAUAUCCGUAAAAUCUACUCCUGUGCUGCCAUCCAACUCAACUGCAGCAGCAUCUAAAAAGGAACUUCUAGCUGGAGUGCUACAUGAUGAUGAUGAGCAGGACCAUGGUGAUGACGAUGAUGAUGGGCGUGAUGAUGACGACGACGACGACGACGACGACGACGAAAAAGAGGACGUCGAAGAGCCCUCUUUUAUUUUAGGUGGUGAACGAGAAAUCGAUGACAGUGAAAUAACUAGCAUUGAUAGUGAGGAAUCGCGGUCAAUCGCUGAGAAUGGAGAUGAGACGAAUAACUUAAAAAACUCUAUGACAAGAGUUUCUAAAUUAAGAGAUUAUUAUAGACAAAAGAUCCAGAAAAGUUUUUCAAUGAUUAACCAAAAUCCAUCUCUAUCAGCUCAGGAAAAAUAUGUCUCAAAGUUUAAUACGGUUAUUAACGCGUCAAUUAAGUUUACUAAUGAGUUAGAAAGUACAAAUUCUCCAUCUAUUUUAGAAUUGCAAAGGAUUAUAACGGGUGGAGAAAAACAUAAGGGUUUUAGAAAGAAAUCAAUGUUGGAUGUAGUUGACUUACCAGUAUCAAAGCCAAAACCUAAACAACAAGCUGUCAAUGUUGGACGUUCGGUACCUGGUGAUCCAACGCCCAAGAAGUCAACUAGAAUCAAGUUUGAAGCUAACGUAAAAGGUGUGGAUGGUUCAACAGCGCUACAGCAGUAUACAAACGAAGAUCCAUUAGGAGAAUUGCCACCGUUAAGACAAGUGAAAUCUUUAUCUCAAUCUAACUUGAAAAAAUAUGGUUCGAACACAUCCUUACGGAAGGUCCAUAGUGCCAGUAAUGGUGGUGUUCUGAAUAGCUCAAAAUCUAACGACUAUGCCACUUUGUCUAACAAUAAAAGGAAGCGUGGCUUCUUAGGUUCUUUAUUUGGAUCUAGUCGCACUGGAAGCGCUAGCAGUAUCAAUCCUAAUAUUACAUCUCCCCCUACAAGUCGAAGAAGUAGCAUCAGCAGUAAUGAAAACAUUGCUGCUGUCACAUCCAAUAUAGGUAAGCGCAAAAAGAAAUGGGGGUUUUUAAAAUAA